AUGUCGGAUCAAAAGAACGGCAACCCCUCAGACAAUCCACCAUCGUACGAAGCCCUCUCGAACCCUCCGCCCACUGGUAUUGAGACUUCCUCCAGCGGCGCGCCGGCACCCGGCCGCCGCCCCCUGCGUCCCCCUCCACCACUCGAACUCCCCGCCCUCACCCUCCUGCGGAACAAACGCGUCAUCCUCGCGUCGCAAUCCCCUCGGCGGAAACAACUCCUUGCGCAGAUCGGGCUUACCAAUGUCGAAAUCGUCCCGUCAAAAUUCGAAGAGAACCUCCCCAAGACACUCUCGCCCUUUGAAUACGUCCUAGCGACGGCGGCCCAGAAAGCGUUGGCUGUCUACAAGCAAGAGAUUGACAAUGAGGAGAAAGGAGAGCCGGCGCUGAUCAUUGCCGCGGAUACCAUCGUUGUGAGCAGCUUGGGCGAGAUACUAGAGAAGCCCAGGAGUGAGGCGCAUCACAUUAGUAUGUUGAAGGGACUGCGGGAUUCGGGGGUGCACAAGGUCUACACGGCCGUUUGUUUGAUCUCGCCCUUGCAGAGUGCAAGGGAUCCGGGGUAUGCGAUCGAGACGGCCACCGAGGAAACGACAGUCAAGUUCGAUUCGGAGAUCACGGAUGAAUUGUUGCUUGCGUAUGUGAGGACGAGGGAGGGGGCGGAUAAAGCUGGCGGAUAUGGCAUCCAGGGCACGGGCGCGAUAUUGGUCGAAAGAAUAGAGGGCAGUUUCGACAAUGUGGUGGGACUGCCCUUGAGAACGACGUUGAAGAUGAUCGAGAAGGUAAUGCAGAAGGCCGAGGAUAAAGAUAUUCUGGAGGGCGAGGGCGAGGAUCUGCUGGAAGAAGAUGAUGAAUGA